CCGUGAAGUAAUUCAUUGUAUCAGAUUGAGACGGGAGGAAGAGCGACUCGACUGGUCGGCAAAGCAACUCUGCUCCGGGAAACAUUGUAACUCCGACUGCAAGCCACAUACAACUGCAGGGAUGGCAGCCAUCCGCAAGAAGCUGGUGAUAGUGGGGGAUGGAGCUUGUGGAAAGACCUGCCUUCUGAUUGUCUUCAGCAAGGAUCAGUUCCCUGAGGUCUACGUGCCCACCGUGUUCGAGAACUACGUCGCUGACAUCGAGGUGGACGGCAAACAGGUGGAGCUGGCUCUGUGGGAUACUGCGGGUCAGGAGGACUAUGAUAGGCUGAGACCUCUCUCCUAUCCAGACACUGACGUCAUCCUCAUGUGCUUCUCCAUAGACAGCCCCGACAGCUUGGAAAACAUUCCAGAGAAGUGGACCCCAGAGGUCAAACACUUCUGUCCCAACGUUCCCAUCAUCCUGGUAGGAAACAAGAAAGACCUGCGCAACGACGACCACACACGCCGGGAGCUGGCCAAGAUGAAGCAGGAGCCAGUGAAGUCGGAGGAGGGGCGGGACAUGGCCGGCCGCAUCGCAGCUUUCGGCUACAUGGAGUGCUCCGCCAAGACCAAGGACGGCGUGCGGGAGGUGUUUGAGAUGGCCACCAGGGCGGCCCUGCAGGCCCGCCGCGGGAAGAACCACAAUAAAUGUGUAGUGCUGUAAAAUAGCCGACACAUUUGGACUGUUUUCAACCCCCGGGGCAACUGUUCCCAGGGGGCUAGGGCUCGAGAGGGGCGGAGGGGGGAUUACUAGACGGGAGAGGGAGGGAGAGACGGGGAGAAAAGAGUGCAGUAAAUGACUACCGCUGUAAAAUGGCUGUUUGUUGGACUGAAUUUGCCCUGGGACUUGGGUUUGGGAAGCUUCGAUGGACAUGGACAGGGGGGGGGGAGAUUGGGGGUGGGGGGGCUGACUACCGCUGUAAACCAUUGGGCUCUUCAUCAGGCUCUUCAUCUGUUUGUCUUUUCAACAACAUCAUCACUUACACUGAUAAACACAAUAAGGAGACGGCAAAAACUAAAAAGGUCUAGUUUCUGCCUGGAUGACUUGACAUAUGGAUAGGGGCAAACGGCACAGUAAAUGAGUUCCACUGUAAACAGCCACCAGUGGACUCUUCAUCGGGGGUUUCUACCUGGAAGAAGGGGGCGGGCAGUGUGAAGUUAGACGGGUGCUUUAGUUUCCUGGGGAGGAUAUUUGAACAGCCCCAAAAGUAGACAAAUCACCAGUAAACAGUGAUCUUCUAUAAGCUUGCAGUUUAAUUGAAUUGAUUGGGUUAUUAUGGGACAGUCAGUCUCAUGUGUCGUGGAGCUACAUGCUCACAUGUCCAGCUCGGUGCCAUUUAGUCACGGCGGUCGCUAAUCCUGUGCUCGCAUUGACAAACCCAUUGAGCCGUACUCUUACUGAGGUGACCUGUUACAGAGCCUCUUCAUAGUGAAUGCUCUGUAUUUCACACAUUAAUGAAAAGUUUGAAUUGAGAGAAAUGUGUCCUUAGCGCUGGCCUUAAUGUAAAACUACUUCCUGUGCAUCAUCACUUGAUCUGUAAAUAAAAUUGGCUUUCAUUGCCACCUGUAUUUUAUCUUCACAGUGCAGUGUUUCAGAGGAAACGUUUACUCCAUAUGAUGGGCAUUAAAGUACCCACACGCUGGUGAAUCUACUGGGGUUGGUUUGUCUACUUCAGGAUUGUCUUCUUAAAUAUCAAAUUGAAGGAGGCAGGUGAUCUGUGUUCCCAUUGGAUGAUGAUCUUCAUAAGCUGACCAGACUCUGCUGCAUCUCAGCUCCCGCCCCUUCCUGUUCCACAGACUGCUGGUGCUCAUCUUCCUCUGGUCAUAGACCGGGACAAAGAACAAGGAGAGGACAGAACCGUGUUUACACGCACACCACUGAUCUCCUUAUCUGGGACGAACGACUAUUGAUUAUUUUUCUUUGUGUGCGCAUGUUUGAAGGUCAAAUGUAAAACAACCUAGAACUCUUGGAGGGGAAAUAAAGGUUAUCUACAAUAUACAUUUAUACUAGUCAGCUGUAGGCAGCAGCCAUCUGCUUUAACAUGACACGCGUGACACCUUUUUAAAAAAAUAUAUAUAUAUAUCCUGUGCAUGGUAAUGCCAGAAUGGUCAAGUUAGGCAGCCAGAUAGAUUUUUGGGUUAAACGUGCUGAAAAUCUGUAUCACUAUCACAGUGAGCAUUUAUCACCUGCUGUAUGUUGGAUCUUUUUUAUUUGGGGUAUUUUUUAAGGUCUUUCCAUUCUAAAAAUUGUAAGGGUGUGCAGAUAUAUUUGGGAUUCCUCAGCUACCAGCCUUCCUUGACUUGUCUGCGUGUUUAGCCCAUUCAGACUCUCUGACAGUUUGUAGCCCUCCUGUUCUUCUUCCUGGCCUACAGGCUGUUCCAGAAACUUGGUCUCGUGUUUUUGUUUUUAUACUUUAUUUCCUGCUUUUAAAAAAAAGAAGAGAAAAACUCAUAUGUUGUCUUAUCAGUAUUUAAAAUAGGAGGUGUAAGACUAUGGGACUGCUUCUGUGUCGUAGCUUUAGUUUAUUCUACUUUUUGUGCUUUACCUGAUUUUCUUUUUCUGAUGAUUUACAAUUGGUUGUAAGAACUCGUCAAUCAUCCCUGCCAAAUGCUGUUGUUAGGCAGUCAGGAGAAAGGCUGGCCUCUCGGCUGCCUGUCUAGAGCAUCGCCGGCUCUUUUUCUGUUCUUUGUUUAGAACAUGGCUGAGAAGACAAAAAGGAAAAACAAUGCAAGUCUCCUUAUGUACAAAUCAUUUUUAUUUCUACUUUUAUUGUAUUUUUUAAAAUCCUGAUUUUUGGGUGCUGAAGCAGUGACGUAACCAGGAACCGGAAUACCAAGCUGUAUGCAAAGUCUGUAAAUAUAAAAUGUGGGUUUGUUCAUACUAGACUAUACGCACAUGACUGGAAACUAUUUGUAAACUAGCUUUGGUUUGUGUAAUAAAUUACUUUCUAUAACACUCA